CCUUCUUCCCCAAUCUCUCUCUACCCCUUCCCAACCUUGAUCCGGAUAUCUAGUUUUUUCAGAUCGGAUUCAAAUCAUGAUUUUCACCAUUUGGAAAACAGAUGUCCGAUUUUUCGAAUUCGAAUCAAUUCAAUAUCCGAUUUUGAACUAGCAUAGUGCUUAGUGCUAAUAACCCAUUAUUCUAAUAAAAUCAUCAACGUUGAAGCCACUUCUAUUGGGGUUUUAUAUCGCUAACUUAACAAACUUCCACAAUUUAUUUCAACUUUUCCGAUGAAUUCGUUAGGCUUUUCAUUUUGAACACAGUUUCUGGCGAUGGAUGACGAAAUCUCCGGCGCACUCCGACGAAUGUCGUCAAGAACUCGUAAAGUCGCCACUAAAAUGGCGGCUGCUCUUGCUAGCUCCGAUAAUCGAACUCAGGCUGCUUUAGCAAGGCUUGAAGCUCUGGAAAAUGAUAAUGGCGGAGUAGAAACGGCCGAAAUCAACGACGAUGAUGAAGCUUCUCUUGAUGACGAAGAUGAAGCUUAUAUACAGAAGAAGCAGUCUAUGAAUAUGAAGCGAAAAACUCGUCAAGGAAAAGCACGAGAAAAUGCAAGGAAAGCUCCUAGAACAUUUCUUGAGCUAGUUCAUGAGGCAAAUCUGGAGGCAAUGCCUCCUCAUGUACCUAACUAUUUGAGGGCAGCUGUAGGACCUCCAAGUAUAGUGUCUCGUCGAAAUUUCUGCACCGUUUGCGGGUAUACUGCUAAUUACACAUGUGUGAGGUGCGGCAUGCGAUUUUGCUGUAUCCGGUGUCAGAACAUACACAAUGAUACUCGUUGUUUAAAGUUUGUUGCUUGAUUAAGUGGGAGGCUUUUCUGUACAGAAUUUUGUGAGUCUUGUGGUUAUUUGCAACAGUCUUGUAGGAAUAAUUGAUCUUAUUGUCUUAUUGAUAUUGUUUGAAUGUAUUACGUUUUUCUUCAUAGUUUA